AUGCAGCGCGGACAUAUAAACCCAGGGGCGUCAGAACAAGCAUGGGCUGUCUAUCCAGACAUUGGGAACCUCGCGCGAUGGUCUGUCUCAAGCUGGAAGUACGGCUUUGGACUCGAAUGCUUGCGAGAUAACAAUCCGGAUACGUUCUGGCACUCUGAAGGCAAUCAGCCACACUCGAUUACGCUGGAGUUUCCGAAACGCGUCGCUGUCCAAAAGAUCAUAGUUCAUCUGGAUCAGAAAAAGGACGACUCGUACACGCCAGAGAUCAUCGGCAUCCGCGCCGGAACAAGCUUACGUGACUUGCAAGAUGUCCGACAAGUCAACUUUGACAAGCCGAGUGGAUGGGUUGCAUUUGAUGUGACGAACGAUUUGGCAGAGGACGGUCAGACUUUUAAACCGCUGUACGCGUAUGUCGUUCAAUUGGUCAUUAUUUCAAACUACAUGAACGGCAAAGACACACAUAUCCGUGGUCUCAAGAUUGUCGGACCACUGGAGGAGCCACUGUUGGAUGACACUGAAGUCUUUCCGUUUGUCAGUCCCGAGUUUAAGAUGUACGAGACCAUACGAUAG